AUGAAUGAGCAAAUAGCUGCUCAAGCUGUGCGUCUUGAAGCAAUUACUAGCAAGCCACCUGCUGCCCGGAAGGCGGAGCCGCCCAAGUACCACGGUACGCUCAAUGAGGACCUAGAGCUGUGGUUUUUCAUGAUCGAACAAUACUACGCCGACUAUCACCCGAUCAUGGUGGAGAACAGCCCCGCGUUCGUCACCAUGGUGUCGUGCUACCUGGCACCCACGCCUAUGAAUUGGUAUCGGCAGUUUGUGGCCGAGUGUGAUCGAGCCCAAAUUGUCCGAACCUGGGAGACGUUCAAGGGUGCUAUGCGCAAACGUUUUCUGCCACCGGACAAUGAGUAUAUGCUGCGCGAGAAACUCUGCAAACUCACGCAAAUUGGCUCCCUGCACGACUACCUGAGCGCCUUUUAA